AGAAAAAAUAAUUAAUUUUACCAAACAAAUUAGUUAAAAUAAUUUUCUUUUAUUAUACUUUUGUUUUAAUUUCUCAGUUAUUAUUGGCUUUGUGUCUAUAUAAUUUCAUUCGCUUUUAGUUAUCGAAAAAAUAUAUAAAAAAUUAAAAAAGAAAAAAAAAAAAAUCAAAACAUUAACCAACCACAAAACAAGUAAAAGUAGUCAGCAACAGCAGCCGCCAUCUCCCACAAAAGUUUUUUUUUUUAACUUUUAUUCUUUGAUUUCAUUUAAUAUUUUUAAGACAUUAAAACAAAUAAUUGGAACAUCAUCAGCACAAAAAAAAAUACAAAAUUGAUUUAUUUUUUGUCGGAAUAAUUCAAUGAUAUCGAAUUUGUGGCGGCGUCUAACGCUGUGUGUAGAACAAAACUUAACAGCUGCAUAUUUUAGAGCUAACAAACUAAGAAGAGUUGGAAUCAGAGGAAUGCAUAGCUCAAUUGAAGAUGUUAAAAUGUGCGAUAUGCAUGUGAAAAUCCUUCCAGCUUUGCAGGAUAAUUUUAUGUAUUUGAUUAUCGAUACAGAAACCAGGGAAGCAGCAAUUGUUGACCCAGUCGAUCCAGACUGUGUCAUCAAAGCAGUUGAAGAUGAGGCAGUCAAAUUGACUAAAGUCUUGACUACCCAUCAUCAUUGGGAUCAUGCUGGUGGCAAUGAAAAACUAGUCAAAGCUUUUCCAACUCCAUUGGUUGUCUAUGGGGGUGACUCACGUAUCGGUGCUUUGACUGAUAGUGUCCGUCAGGAUGAUACUUUUCAAAUUGGAAAACUAAAUGUUCGUUGUUUAUUCACUCCUUGUCAUACUAUUGGGCAUAUUUGCUAUUAUGUUGAAUCACCUGGUGGUGAAAAAGCCGUCUUUACUGGAGACACUCUAUUCCAAGGAGGUUGUGGGCGGUUCUUUGAAGGAACAGCUGAAGAAAUGUACUCGGCAUUGAUUGAGAAACUAUCGGCUUUGUCUGAUGAGACGAAAGUCUUUUGUGGACAUGAGUACUCUUUGCAGAAUCUAUCUUAUGCGCGACAUGUUGAGCCACAGAAUGAAGAUGUCCUUAAAAGGAUUGAAUGGUGCAAGUUGAGAAGGGCAGAAUCGAGUCCAACUGUUCCAUCAACAAUUGGGGAGGAGAAGUUGUGGAAUCCAUUUAUGAGAGUUCAUAAGGAGACUGUUCAGAAGCAUGCUGGUGAAAAAGAGCCGAUUCCUACAAUGAGGAGCUUGCGGAAGGAGAAGGAUACAUUCAAGGGUUAGAAGGACGACUGGUUUAGGGAUUUAAAAAAGCCUUUUUGGUGGAAUAUUUAAGGAAGUAAAACGCACAAAUAGAUUUGAUUUUCUCUUUUCUAUCGCUAUAAUGGAAUUUUUAUCUUAUUUUUUUCUUCUUUUUCUUGU